AUGGCUUCCGUUGCGCCUGGACCCGCUGUCACCAAGAUCUUUACCAGUGCACCUCUCCUCGGUUUCGUGCCGGUCGCCGCUGAAUUCAAGCUCUUCGACAUCUUGGUCACAUACGGGCAGCCAGCUACUGUCGACCAAGUUAUAGAUGCCUACAAGGGCAGUUAUGGAGAUGGAAAGGCGCUCGUUCCGGACGACACAUUACACGCAAUGGCCGGCCUGGGGCUCGUCGAAUCGCCGGCGGAAAACACAUUCAGCGCCAAUGCGCUUACCCAACAUCUAGUCGCGCACCCGUCAGCGCUGCACGGGGGUAUUCACUUCGCCACCGAAAUGCUGCUCGCAUCCGCAUUCCUCCUCCCCAAACUCCGCGCCACAAACUUCGCAUACCCCUUCCGCGAGCGCGAGACGCCCUUCCAAUUCGCCCACAGCCAAAUGGGCAACGAGCGCUUCGCAAAGAGCCACAUGUACAGCGUCAUGGCCGAGUGCGGGCGAAUGGCCAGCUUCAACACCUUCAUGACGGGCAAGUUCUUCGCCGUCGAGGACAACGCCGCCCGCCUGCAAAACCUAGGCUACGAUAUCCGCGCCGUCCUCCAAAACCCGGACAUCCCAGCCACCGCAAUCAAAAUGGUCGAUGUCGGCGGCGGGCGCGGCGAACUCCUCCUGCACCUCCGCGACGCCCUGUCUGAUCUGAACCUGACGGAACAAGACCUCGUCGUGCAGGAAUUCAACCCGGACCUUGGACUCACCCCCGGCGUGACCGUCAUGCAGUGGGACUACAAGGCCGAGGCCGAGGCCGAAGAGCAACCGAUCAAGGGCGCGGUGAUCUACCACCUCGCGCACGUCCUGCACAACCUCCCCGACGCCGACGCGAUCCGGUUGCUAGCGAAGCUCCGCGCCGCAAUGGCGCCGUAUUCGCGCGUCCUGGUGCAUGAGUUCAAGCGGAGUACGCACAUGGCGUUUCUGCACGCGGCGAUGAUUGUUGCGAUGGGGGGGCGGGAGCGGAGUGCAGAGGAGUUUGCGCUGCUGGCGAGGGAGGCCGGGCUGCGGGUUGCCUUCCAGGCGUUCCCGGAGCGCGGGGAUGGGGUUGUGGAGUUGAGAGUGUGA